AUGGAAAUGAACAACAGCAAUGAGAACAUUGUAAACAAUGACAACAGAAACACUCAAAGCAGGAGGAUCAACAGGGGAAGGCGUAGGGUAUCAAUGACGAGGAUGACGAACGAGAGCAAUCUCCAAGUGACAUUCUCGAAGAGGCGCUCUGGUCUCUUCAAGAAAGCUAGUGAGCUUUGCACCCUUUGCGGUGUACAGAUAGCCAUAAUAGUUUUCUCUCCCGGAAAUAAGGUUUACUCGUUUGGUCAUUCCAGCGUGAAUGUGGUCAUAGAUCGAUAUAUGAACCCUGAACAUUACGCUAUGCUGAUGGCUUCUCAGGCCAACUCAGGGACCUUUCAACUCAUCGAGGCUCAUAGGAACGCCACUCUCCGUGAGCUUAACCAGCAGCUCACCCAUAUUACUGAGCAGAUGGAAUCCUUGAAGAAGCGCGCUAAGGAGCUGAAGGGUAUUCCGUGUAACUUCAGAGAUGCCCUUAACUUGUUGGAUGGUCCUGUUAGGAAUAAUGUCCAUGAAAUGUCCCAGUUGGGAAAUCUCAAGAAUGCCAUGGAGAUGUUGCGAAAUGUCACCACUGAACAGUCUGCUGUUAAUACUAAUAUGAAUAUGAUGAACACAUUGUCCUCCUUCUAUGGAGCCGGAGACGGAGAGGGAUCCGUUGGAGGAGGAAGAGGACUGCCUCAGCUGCCAAGUUCUCCUGCGCCUGUGCCUGUGCCUGCACCUGCUUCUGCUUUUGCUGCUUCGUCUUCCUCUAAUUUUCCCAACCAAGGAGGAGCAGUAACCAAUAUGCUGCAGCAACAACAACCACAACAACAGCUUCCAACUUUUGAUAACUAUCAUUAUUAUAAUCAUAAUAAUAAUGUUAAUACUUCUCCUGCUGUUGUGACUGAUAUACCUGAUUUGCAGGCUAUAAUGAAUUUUGGUGUUGGCCAUGACAAUGUGAACCAUGUGAAUAUGGGUCAUAAUAAUAUGCAGGGUAUGAUGAUGACUACUCCUGGCGGUGGUAGUACUGUGAACCAUCUUCUUUCUCAUCAUAAUCAGAUGCAGCACCAGCAGCAACUGCCUGCUGCUAUGGCCUCGUUGCCUUUGCGAUCACCUCUUGAACUGCCAUUGCAGCUGCAGCAGCCUAAUCCUCAUCAACAGUAUCAGGGGAAUAGUAGUACUUAUGGGGAUCAUCUCUUCAACAACAACCCCAAUAACGACGACACCAAUGCUGGCUAUGACCAUCCCUUUUUCUAA